UAUCAAAAUAAAACAAUAAUUUACACCAGCUUAAAUAUGAUAAUACUUUUCAAAUUUAAUGAAAUGUCCUUGGGAAAAAAGUGGAUACUAUGAGUGGUAAAAAAGAAAAAAACAAUUUUUUUUUCCACCUUUCCUGUGAUACAAUUAACAACUAAGCCAAAGUCUGGGCGAUGUUUGGAUAACGAGCGUCUUAUCAAUAAGUAAAGAUUACUAAAAAUAAGUGAAAAACUCUUAAAUAUAUUAAGAUUGAAAUGAGUACAAUUUAAGACAAUAUAAUAUAAUAAAGCAACUAUUUAUUAAAGUUUUACAUAAAUAGCAGAAGAAACAUUAAUUGUUAAAAUAUAUUUUUUACUGAACAUACUCAAAUUCUGUACAGAAAAUAUAAUUUUUAAAAAUAUUAAGGAUAAUUUUUAAAAAGAAAUAGAAUAAGUACACAUAUUAUGUUUGUUAUCGUAAUUAUGUGAAAAUCUACUGAAUAUAGUUAUAGUUUUAUAGUUUUACAAAGACUCUUAAAACAAAUUAGUUAACGCAUUUCUUAAAACACACCACCUAAAAUAAGUUAAUUUAAAUUAAAUAAAGAAAAGAUGUUAUACCAAUACCAAAUUUAAAUAUGCAAUUUAUUUGAAUACAUAUUUUUCUUCGAUCAAAACUGGAAUCAUAUUCCUUGUUGCAUGGCCACUAUUUAGGCAUUAACAGUUUUUUUUCUUCUGAAAUUCAAGGCACAAAGCUCUACAUGUAAGCCAUUCGAAUGUAUUGUAAUUUCCAAAUUUAUACAAUCUUACAUAAGGCAAGACCUGUUAAAUUGAAAACAUUGACAAAAUUUACAGUUUAUUUAUGUUGUAUAUGGUCAGGUUCCCCACGGUUAAGUGACUUGAACGCAAAAGAAACACAUGGUGUUAUCAGAACGGACAUCAACAGCUCUGUUUCCAUCGUUCUUGACAUUGACAGUAACCCAAAACCAACGUUGUAUACAAUGAUAAGAGAUGGGCACAAGGCAGUCAGGUUUGAAAACUUCACGGAAGACGGUAUCGAGG